AUGUACAUACAUAGGCAUAAGUGCAUUAUACGUAAUUAUAUGAAAGUUAAUAACAAAAUGUUGUUCAAAAGUAUGACGAAUAUAGCAAGUUGCUUUACUAUAUGUCGAAAUUCGCAAUUAAGGGUCCUUGUGCGAGUAAAUCGCUUAGAAAGCGCUUUUGAAAGUUAUGUGCCCGACGUUAAUAGGACGUUCACCCGCUGGAAAUAUAUGCAGCACAAAGGUGUAAAAGGUAUACGCAACAGAAAAAGUGCUUACGAGACACUUUCAAAAGAAGACAGCAACGCAGAUAUAAAAAUGACUUCAGAAGCUGAAGAUGAAGGCAAUGAUAAUGGCUUGCUCAACUUGGAUGAUCGCGCAUACGAAGAAUUGGCCAACAGUACAAUGCAUAUUUCGCCCGGUUCCUCUAGUCAAAACGUAUUCAUUAUACAGCCAUAUGUGAAAUGGGGCAGUGAGCGAAACAUUCUAACAACUCCCUAUGGUCAGUUGGAAGAGGCGAAAGCGCUAGUGGAAUCAUUGCCUAAUUGGCGCGUGGUUCACGCUAUCAAAAUACCGCUAGAAACACUCCAGCGCAAGGCUCUUUUUGGCAGCGGCAAAAUUGAAGAAUUAAAACAACAGCUGCAGGAACAUAGUACUAAAGAUAAACUAUCCUGCCUCUUUAUUAGCAAAAGCACAUUAACAUUUGGUCAAAAACGAUUUCUGGAAGAUACAUUUAAACUGCCGGUGUUGGAUCGCUAUUCUGUUGUCAUACAAAUUUUACGCCUGCAUGCCUCCAGUGCGGAGGCGCGCCUACAAGUGGCCAUGGCUGAGAUACCGUACAUCUGGUCCCAAGCCAAGGACGCGAGCCCAUCGAUUGCACGCAAACAAGGCUACUCAUUUACUGACACACAACGAGAAAUACUAAGAACACGCGAACGUAAGUUGAAACAAGAACUGGAAAGGAUUAGGGAUCACAGGCAAUUGCUGCGCAACAAACGUAAACAGAAAAACUAUCCAGUGAUUGCAGUAGUUGGAUAUACUAACGCUGGCAAAACAUCACUGAUCAAAUCGCUAACGCAAGAGCAAAGCAUGCAACCACGCAAUCAGCUCUUUGCUACUCUGGAUGUGACAGCACAUGCGGGCAUACUACCGUGCAAUCUUGAAGUAAUUUACAUGGACACGGUGGGUUUUAUGUCUGAUCUACCCACUGGUUUAAUGGAGUGUUUUGUGGCGACCCUAGAGGAUGCUAUGUUGGCAGAUAUAAUAUUGCAUGUGCAGGAUAUUUCACACACAUGCAAACAAGCGCAACAGCAGCACGUAAUUACAACAUUGCAAUCACUUAAAAAUACUGUUGCUGCAAGUGGACAAAUGCCACCCAUCAUAAAUGUUGGAAAUAAAGUCGAUCUUAUGUCGACGGAAUUGCAGCCACAGCCAACAGAAAAUAUACAUAUGGUUUCCGCGACAAAGCUUACAGGUCUCAAGGAAUUGCUAUUCGAAAUUGAACGACAAAUACUAAUAGCGACGGGACGUCGUAAAAUGACAAUGCGUGUGCGCAAUGGUGGAGCUGAAGUGGCAUGGUUGUACAAAAAUACUGCGGUAACAAACGUACGCGUCGACGAGGCUAGCGCUGAGCAUUUGCUAAUGACAGUCGUUGUUAGCGAACUCACCAUUCAGAAAUUUAAACGAACAUUUUUAUCAACAAACCAUGCGGAUUUAUAAGGCAAUAAAACGAUUGUGUUAAAGAAAUAGAAACUUUUUUAUUUAUGAUUGCGGUAAAAUCGUGUUAUUAAUAUCUGUUAUCUUGAUAUACAUAUAUAUGUAUAUAUGUAUUUAUGUACACAUAUACAUAGAAUGGGUUGGUCAAAUUUUUGAUAGCUAUUUGUAUUUAGUACGCGAUAAGACAGUUUGCAAAAAAAUGUAUAUAGAAUUAGUAGUUAAUUGCAGAAAAUUACAUUGCGAAAAUGAAAUACAAAAAUCUAU